AUGAGAACUCGAAUAACACAUGCCCUUUUACUGGCGCAAUCUAUAACCACAGCUGUCACCACGCAAGCUAGGGACAAUACGUAUGACUACAUCGUGGUGGGUGGUGGUGUAUCUGGUCUGGUUGUCGCCAAUCGCUUGACUGAGGAUAAGAACGUAUCCGUUCUUGUAAUCGAAAGAGGCUACUUCGACGACAAACCUGAAGCAAUCGUCCCUUACUACGCCAACAGUCUGGAUCUAGAUGUCCUCAUCAGUCCGACAUCCGCCCCCAAUCCCCAGCUCAACAAUGACACUUUCUCCGUGGCUGUCCCGGCCGUUGUCGGUGGUGGCUCCGUGGUCAAUGGCAUGGGAUAUCUCCGAGGAAGCAAGGAAGAUUACGACGCUUGGGAAGCCCUAGGAAAUCCGGGAUGGGGCUGGGACGGUCUGUUGCCUUACUUCCGCAAGAGCACGACUUUCACUCCUCCCACGUCUGAUGCCGUGAGAGACUUCCAAUAUCCCGACAUCGCUACCAUCUGGGAUGCUUUCCGUAGCCAAGACGAUGUUCCGGUGCGAGCGGGCGGAAACGCCGGGGACGGCCCAGGCGCAUAUUGGUUACCCUCCACCAUUGACGGUCGUGGUAUGACCCGUUCGACCGCUCGCAAAGCAUACUACGAUCCUGUCAACACUACCCGUCCGAACCUGCACCUCUUAACAGGCCAUACAGCCAGAGAGAUUCUCUUUACCGGCAGCGCCCCAAGUCCCACCGCUAACGGUGUCCGCAUCGUCUCUCGAGCCAAUAACUCAACCCGCCAAGUUUACGCCCGCAAAGAAGUCAUCCUCGCCGCCGGCGCCAUCCAAACCCCUCAACUUCUUCAAGCUAGCGGCAUCGGUCCAUCCAGCGUCCUCAAAGCAGCCGGCAUCCGGGUCAAGAAAGACCUCCCAGCCGUAGGCGCCAACCUCCAAGACCACGCAACCACCAUCCUCAUCUUCUCCCUAACCAACCAAUCCUUCCCCAACCCCGACACCAUCACCACCAACACCACCUACUUCGCCGCCAUCUGGGCCGAAUACCUCGCCAAUCUCACCGGUCCCAUCUCCGCCGCCCCCGCCUCAAGCGCGAUCCUCUUCGGUCUUCCCCAUCUCAACUCCUCUGCUGCCGCCUCCGUCACAUCCACCAAACUCCUCUCCCAAUCCUCUACCCUCACCUACCUCCCCUCCAACGCUCCCUCCUCGCCAAAUCUUUUCCUCUCUCCCGCGGUACCGUCACCCUCGACCCCUCUGACCCCUUUGGAUUACCAGUAG